GUCAGUGCGUCUUCUUCCAACUUAUCCACUUCCUUUGUUGGCCCUUGCCAUUCCCUAGUUGGUCAUUGAAAUUAAAUCCAUAAGGACCCUACCCUAACCCAUUUGUCCAAAAAGUCACUCUCUACAAAAGCGUGGUAGUUUAAGACAUUAGUAUAGUGGCAUUUACACCUGCAUUCGAGUUCUUCGGUUCGAUUCCUUUCUCUUUUAAUGUCUAUUAAAUAAAAAAGUAUAUGUUUAAGAAAAAGCCAUCCUCUCUUUCACUCUCUCCUUCAUAAAAAAAAAGGACAUAAACCGACUAUACUCUGCCUUUCUAUUUAAAGCUUCAAACUACUCCUAGUCCUUUAACUUCUCUCCUAUUCUCUCUUUCUGUCUCUGAGUUGGGUUGGUACUUUGGUACUUUGUUACUUUGGGGACAUGGAGAGCCAGGGCCAGUACAUUGGGAGCAAUAGUGGGAUGGAUGGGGUGGAUCAGAAGGAAGGGAAGGUAGCAAACCAGAGAAAAACUGGGACUUGUGAGUCAAUUCUGAGGAUUUUGGCCUUCAUGCUAACUGUAACUGCAGCUGUAGUUCUUGGGGUGAGUAAACAAACCGAAAUUGUGUCAGUGAAGAUCAUCCCAACCUUGCCUCCUAUUGAUCUUCCAGCCACUGCUAAGUGGCAUUACUUAUCUGCUUUUGUGUACUUUGUGGUAGCAAAUGCCAUAGCAUGUGCAUAUGCGGCAUUUUCCCUAGUCCUUUCGUUUGCAAAUCGGGGCACCAAGAGCAGCUUAGGGCUGGUGAUCAUCCUCCUUGAUCUGUUAAUGGUGGCAUUGCUCUUCUCCUGCAAUGGAGCCGCCACGGCAAUUGGUCUGAUGGGGUACCAAGGGAAUUCACAUGUGCAAUGGAAGAAGGUCUGCAACGUGUUCGGGCGAUUUUGUAACCAUGCGGCAGCUGCAAUAGUCCUGUCCAUGCUUGGAUCUCUUGCAUUUAUGUACCUAGUUGUGCUUGCUGCCUUAGGCCUCCACAGGAGGUCUAAGUAGAAUAAUGGCAUGCACUGCACCAUAUAAUUUGCAAUACCUAUAACAGAGGUAGAGCCCGAUUUUUAUUCUCUAUGUCAAGUACUAGCUAGUUUGGUGUGUGCAUAAUAAAGAAAUUUGAUUUCUUUCACCAAUAUUAUAUAUCUUCUGAAAUAUUAUUUGUCCA